AUGGGAAAUACUGCGCCAAGCGAUUUUCCGGUCGACUCUUUUGAUGCUGGUCAUUCCCUACGACCACUUGUCGCCACUCAUAUUUCAACAGAACCAUUUCGGAACCCACGGGUUACUUAUAAGACCGUCAUGUUGAAAUCGGCGGAAAAAGAGCGUCAUGUUGUUUUUAUGAUCCUCCGCAAUCGUUGGCCUUUCCAGCAUGAACUUCGUGGAUACGGUUCAGACUUAGAGGAAGAUAGCUCAAGUCAAGAUACAGUUCUCGUGACUAAGCGACGCCUUUUUAAUUACAUCUGGUUUCGUGGGUCCUCGAUUGAUCUCGACCCCAUUUUCGAUGAACAUGCCGUCAAUACCCGUCAAAGGCGUAAUGGGGCACAAUCUGAACUAAAGCUUUAUCUAUCAAAUGCAAAGAAGACGUUCAAUUUCAUUCCCGAAGACAUUAUUUUCAUCGCUCUAAUGGAACCUACUUCGAUUCCGCUCCAACGCUGGGAGUCAGAUCGGCAAACGGCAGCUCCAAGACAAGAAACGCUGGAUAGCCAAAAUGAGCAAAGCGCUGUACAGUCAUUGAAACCCGUGGAUGGUGGCAUAACUGCUUGGAGAGUUCUCAUUGCCGCCUUCAUAUUCGAAGCACUCCUUUGGGGUCUUCCCAUAUCCUUUGGCGUGUUCCAGGAAUAUUACACAACACUACCUCAAUUCGCAGGAAAUUCCAAUGUUGCCCUAAUCGGAACCAUUGCUCAAGGAUUAAGCUAUCUAGGCUCACCACUGUCAGCAGCCAUUACUAGACGAUUUCCUAAAUACCGUCGCCAACAAAUUUGGCUAUCUUGGCCCCUAUGCAUAGGAGGACUUAUUGCUGGCUCCUUCACAACAUCAGUGACUGGUCUCAUCCUUACGCAAGGUGUGAUGUAUGGAGUUGGUUUCAUACUACUCACCUACCCCAUCUUGAGCAUGGUUGAUGAGUGGUGGGUUGCUCGAAAAGGAAUGGCGUUUGGCCUGAUUACUAGUGCCGCUGGAGCAGCUGGUGUUAUUAUACCGUUUAUCAUCAACGCCUUACUGAGAAAAUACGGCUAUCAAACAACGCUCAGAGCACUUGGAAUUGGUAUGCUCCUUCUCACCGGGCCUCUCAUCCCAUUAUUUAAAGGUCGGCUACCAGUUUCUGAACACAGCACUCCCGCUAAGGUCAACUGGGAUUUUCUUCAGAAGCCACUCUUCUACGUCUAUGGGAUAUCUACGUUAAUUCAAGGACUUGGAUUAUUCUUUCCAGCACUCUAUCUACCAUCUUACGCAACAUCGAUUGGGUUGAGCUCCACGCAGGGCGCUCUCGCGUUGGCAACAAUGUCUCUUGCGCAGCUUAUUGGCCAAUUUGCCUUUGGCUGGUUAACAGACCAAAAAAUCUCGGUUAGUGGGCUGGCUAUUGCUUGCUCAAUAAUGGCAACAAUUGCAACAUUUGCGCUUUGGGGCACGGCAAAAUCACUCGGGCUCCUCGUAGGGUUCAGUUUGCUUUACGGCUUUUUUGGGUAUGGGUUUGGCGUGAUGAGGGUAGGAAUGGGUCGUGCAGUUUCGGACGAUCCAUCCACAGCCGUAACAACGUACUCAACUCUUGUGUUUUUCCAAGGUAUCGGCAACGUCUUGGUUGGACCAGUGAGUCAGGCGCUCAUCCUGCGGAGGGUCAAUAUCGAAGAAUAUGGUAUUUCUAAAUACAAGUUUCUAGUUGUUUUCACCGGAGGGUGCAUGGCAGCGAGUGCUGUUGUCAUUACUAUUUGGUAUACCUUGCCCAGAAGUCUGCGAGUGCUUACUUUUGAGAAAAGAUUCCUCAGAACCUCACGCGCUUCUCGUGCUUCUCAUGGAGUUGCUCCUGCUGUUCAAGGAUGUUACCCGAACUACGACCCUAAGUCUCAACAUGUCAUGAUCCCAUCUUCAGCAGGCUGGUCAAUUCCUCUCGAUGAAGACUAUGGCUUCAUCCCGUCCUUCAGUUUCACAGAUCCUGAUAUUGUCUGCCAUAAAGGAGCAACACCUGGACAAAAUACUAUUCCUAUCAACGCAGGCGACUCGAUAGUUCUUCAGUGGUACCCAACACCAUGGACAAGCGGCCACCACGGACCUGUCUUGGACUAUCUCGCUUCAUGCAAUGGAUCAUGUACGACCGUAGAAAAGACCGAAUUGAAGUUCUUCAAAAUAGCAGAAGCUGGUAUCAUUGCUUCAACCCCAUUUCCAGCAUACUACGCCAGCGACUUAUUAAGGGACAACAACAGCAGUUGGACGGUAACCAUUCCAAGCACUCUAAAAUCAGGAGAGUAUAUCUUGCGACACGAAAUUAUAGCUUUGCAUGUUGCUUGGAAUGAGGGAGGCGCUCAAGCAUAUCCGCAGUGCAUCAAUCUUAAUGUUACUGGGAUUGGGAAUGACGAGCCUGUUGGGAAGAGUGCGCAAAUAUUUUAUGGGUCAAAAGAUGAGGGUAUUUUAAUUGAUAUUUGGCAGUUUAAUGGUACUUACGCAAUUCCUGGACCUGAUGUUUGGCCAGGCGUUGUAGGUCACGCACAGCUUAAUAGCCCAACAAAAUGA